AUGAGCAGCAACAAGGAAAGGCAGCGAACAAGAGGAGAGAUAGCAUGCGCAGAGUGUCGUCGUUGUCCUGGACAUCGGACUGAUCGUACCCAUAUAGUACCAUGCUCUACUUGCGUCAAAAGAGGAUGCAGCAUGCUUUGCCCUAAUGGCACGAUGCCUCCAGGAAAAGGUAGCCGCUUCGUCGGUGUCGCUGAAGAAUAUUUACGUCAGAAGGCCGCCAAGCUGGAAGAGCGAAUGCGCUCACUCGAGGAUGCUCUUGCAAUCCUACAAACCAAUACUUCCACUCAGCCACAUCCUUUGCUGACCAAAAUAUGCUCAACUGAAGAGGCUGAUAGUGGGAGCAGCGUCGACACCACAUCUACGACGGCAGAAUCCAACCUACAUGGUCACUUAAACGCCUCAGGCUCUUUGUACCUUGAUGGCGAUCCACAGUAUGGUCCUGGUCAUUUCUUCGGACCUUCCGGAGGUUCUGAGGCUGAAAGACAAUUUAUCCCUGAAACUCCGUUAGCAUCAACCAAGACGCAAAAAAUCGAGGAUGAUUACCUGCACCCUCUGAUCAGUAACCUUGAUCAGGUCUUUCCUUUCACUCCCCCAGGUAUCCCUAAAAAACAAAUCCUUGAGAUCAUGAAAUCCUACCUACCAGAAAUCCAGCGCGCUAUUUUGUUAUGUGAGACUUUCCUAAAGUCUCUCUCAUGGGUGUUUCCCAUAAUUUCGCGACAGUACGUGAUUGGCCAUCUCAUCCCAUUGAUAUACAGAACGGAGAUACCAUCAUUGGAAUCGUCGCAUUAUGGUCCACACGAACUGGCCUUGCUAUUCAGUGCACUAGCGAUCGGAGCGUUGUUUGAUCCCGACCUUCCCCCGUAUAAUGCCGAAGCUCGUCACUAUCAAAGAGUGGCACGCGCUGCUAUGUGUUUGCAAUCUGUAUUUUCGGAGCGGUCUAUGGCCACAAUUAAGGCAUUGCAUCUUAUGAGCAUGUACUAUGGCAUGAGUGGCAUCGAGGAUAACACGGAGCUUUGUUAUUCAUGUCUUAACCUUGCUAGUCAAGCCGCACUUCAGGUUCACAAGGACCCUUCGCGAUGGGGUUUGAAGGGGGCAGACGCCUACGAACGCCGCUCAUAUUUCUGGGCUCUCUUUUCCCAAACUCUCUGGCAAAGCCUGGCUACUGGACGUCCGCCCGCGAUUAUGCCAGCUGUCGUUGACUGCCAGAUCCCGAGUGACUUUGAGGAGGCUACAUACCGGUUGGGAGAAGUACCCCUUGCGUUGGGUAGCUGGAGUUCUCAUUACGCAAUUCAGUGUCUAGUACCGGUCAUUGAAGUAACUCAGGCUGUAAAGCCACCUAGUUACCAAUCCAUCCUCGAGUUGGAUCGCAAAAUACGGGAAUUUUCCGUACCUGUAUAUCCGGAUUCGACUCACUUUGACCGUGUGCCCGCAGGGAUGGCCAGCUAUGUUCAAGCAGGUUACAAAGAUCUCACACUCAUGUUCUUACACAGAGGCUUCUUUGCACAGGCCAUGGCAGAAUUUCCUUCAGAUCCACUUAGAAGCCCUGUAGGCAGAUCGUUCAUGGUUGCCUACCAAUGUGCCAGUACCCUGGUCACAUCAACUAUCGACCAAUUCAAGCUCCAGCCAGUUUUAUGUUCCCGAAUGUGGCGAAUAUGGACCUUCGCAUUCUCAGCAGCAGUUAUUGUUGGCACCGUCGCCAUCCGAAGACUCGGCAUAAAAUUAGACCCGGAGCCAUUGGAGCAUUUGGAAAAGGCAUGCAAUUUAUACUACCAGGCGGCGCAGACUUGUAGCCGUGCCAAAAGGGCGCUGGUGAGUUUUGAGCAAGGGUAUUUAUCAGUCACCAGAGCUCAUUGUCAUGCCUCUGAAGCCAAUUUUACUUCGGCUUCAUCAAAAAGCGGUCAACGCGAAGAUGAAUCCUCUUCAACACGUCAGCCACAAACCAGGUUCAAGGUCUCCUGA